CUCAAACUUUACAUUGAACAGCAUAGAAACCAUAUAAUUGGGAAGUGGAAUUGGAAAUAAAUUACUUAUUUCUAACAAUUAUACACACAGAGAAAUAGUUUUCCAAACAUGUCGACAAACCCACGUAAUAACGUCCCCAUCUCACUGUUGUUAUCACUUUCUAACGACGAUGAAAGCCAACAAGCAGCUGUAUAUCAACAACAAGUCAAUAAUGCUCCAGGACAGCAAGGGCUACCCGUGAGGAAUGCAGUUUCUCAAUUCCAAGCUACAUUUGGAGACUCCAGGUCUCCAUCUACUGAACCAAAUGGUAUACAAGCCAGUCGACCACAUUCUCAACAUGAAAUAAUAACUAUAGACUCUGAUUCUAAUGAUUCACAACAGUCAUCAUCAUCCGCAAGGCUUAUACCUGGUCUAGGCCCACCUCAAAGAGAACGCUCCAAACCGAAGAAACCAGUAUUGAUCAAACCAAACUCUAAUUUACCAAUACUCGUACCUAAAUCCAAUGGGAAUGGAACCUCUCAUUCUCCAUCGCCUAAUCCACCUCAGAAGGUCAGUCCUUUACCCGCAGUUAAACAAUUCCAAACCACUUUUUCGUUCGGUGGAACCCCAGAUCCAGCGGCAGGUUCACCACCAUUACCAAUUAGUAAAACAUCAAUCAAUUCUAUAAUAAAUAUUGAUGACGAACCAACCAAAACUGACGAAGCACCGAAAAAGAAGCGCGCUCCGGCAAAGAAAAAGGAUGGUGAAACUGCUCCAAAGAGAAAGAAGCCAAACCCAGAAAAGUCAUCCACUCCAACUGAUGUCAAAAAGAAGAAAGUGGCUCCCAAGACAGAAAAUGGUGCCAGUACAGAACGAAAGAAGCCAGGUCCUAAACCAAAGAAAAAAACCCCCGAGCAGGGUGCUUUAGCCCCCGGUGCAACUACUGGGUCAAUACCACAGAAAGCAUCCAAUAAACAUUCAUCAACUAAAUCUAAUUCUGCGGGCCCUUCGCCUCCACCGAAACCCUCAAUUCAUCCAACCAUGACUACUGACAAAAGCCAGCAGCCAACAGACAUUAAGCUUGCUGCUCCCAAAUUUGAUGACUUGGAUGAAAUACUGGUGAAAAAAGAAGAAUCACAACCUAUGGACAAUGUGUCCAAAACAGAAGGUCAGAUAAAGAAUGAAACUACUAUAGGCAAAGAAGAAGAAAAGAACGGUGUGAAUGAUAAAGAAGAAGAGAAGGAAAAAGAAAAAGCAAAGGUUGAACCACCAAUAAUAUCUUUGAAUAUUCCAUUAAUUGACCCAAACAAUCCUAAACCGGGUCAAUCUGAAGUUAUUAUCAAUGUAUUAAAACUUGCCGAAGAUAAAUAUGGCUGGUCGACAAUCCACCCCAAUGCCAAAUCGGCCAUCGACCUUAUGGAUGAAAUGAUUGACGAAGAUGAAGAUAUAAUAGAAGAAGACGAAGAUGACGACUUACAUAUCGUAGAAUCAAAUUCUACAGAAAAACAGAUCCCAGCAAAUACUCAGGCGUCUAAGCAAAAGAAGAAAGAAGAUGAAGAAUUGACAGAAGAACAAUUAGUUAGACAACAUGAAGUCAAAAUGAUUAGAAAAGUUGGUAAAUAUGAUUACGAGGAUCCAUUCAUUGAUGAUGAAGAAUUACAAUGGGAGGAGGAAAUAUCUUCAACGAAGGAAGGUUUUUUUGUUUAUUGGGGACCUCUUGUUGAUGAUAGAAGUCUAAAUACGGGCUCAAACAAAAAAGGCUCUUCAAAAAGUAAAAAAUAA